AUACUUGGUCUCAUUCUCUUGGCCAAUACUCACAACUCUCUCUCUCCCUCCCUCUCUCUCUCUCUCUCUCUCUCUCUCUCUCUCUCUAAAAGUCUAAGCAUGGAAGUUGAAAACAUAAGAGAUAAAGUAUCAAAGGAGCAAAACUACAUGAAGAAACAAGAACCAACACCACAAGAAACUACCAAUAACAUAUCUCAACCACCACCAACAACCACCACAUCUCCAACCCAUGAGUUCUCAUUCACUAUUUCUCUCAACCCACCAAAAUCCACACAAGACAGUCGUAACAACAACAACCAUCAUUGCUUGACACCACCACCGGAACCAUUGACUGCCGUUGACCUAUCACCGGCCGAUGACAUAUUCUUCCACGGCCACCUCCUCCCUCUCCACCUCCUCUCUACUCUUCCAAUCUCUCCUCGUUCUUCAACAAACUCAAUUGACAGUUUUACCCUCCCCAUGAAAGAGAUAGUAAAAGACCAACAACAUAACCCUACCGGAAACACUAGUUUCCACCACCGGAACACCUUCUCCGAUCUCAACUUACCCACCAACAAUAUCAUUCAAACAAAACCAAAGUCUAAAUCUUUUUCAAUCUUUAAACCCAUGUUAAAAAAAGGAUCACUUGAUGAAGGAGGAGUGAACAACAACAACAACAACAACAACUCUAACAAGAAACUCAAACUAGAAGUGGUUCAACUCAUAAAAAAGUAUAUGAAUAUGUUGAAGCCAUUCAUGUUAUUUUCGAAGACGAAGAGGGCGAAUAAUAUCGAAUAUAACCGGAAGCCACAUUCGUUUUCAAGCAACUUUCUGAGCUCUAGUAGUAGUCUGCCGGUGGGGGUGAGUAGAGGUGGUAUGAGAAGAGGGAAGUUUUCAGCUCCGGCGUCCAUAAGAACUUCUCCGGCGAACAGUGGGAUACUUAGGGCUUCAGGAACUCUAAGCCCUGCCAAAAGCACAGCCAGUGAUAGCACCAUGGAAGAGUUACAAGCUGCCAUACAAGCUGCUAUUGCUCAUUGUAAGAAUUCCAUAGCCAUUGAAGAUAAAGUUUAAUCAUAAAACUAGAUACUUUGAUCAAUCUUCUUUAUUGGUGUACAUACUAAUCUUGGUUUAUAUAUAUGUAUGUAUGUAUAAUCAAACUUUUUGGGGAGUGUAUACUUGUUACAGCUUUGUCUUUGAGUAUGGGUAUAGAGUUUUUUAGAAAGCAUAUAGGUACAUUCAAAUGGGUUUGUUAAUUGUUAGACCAUGUGUAGUGGAAGGGGAAAAUAAUGCCCCCAAGUGUGGGCAUUUUACGCCACGUGGCGGUCCAGUCAGCAAAGGGGCAUUAUUGGGCGUUUUAGAAAAAUGGGUGUAGUGGGGAUGGGGCAUUA